CACGCAGUAUUGAGAAUGGCUGCGGUUCCGAGCACGGCUCGAAUUUUCCGAAGUCGCUGCCACGGAGGGGUAGAGAAAAUUAUCCCAUUCUGCAUCUUCACACCAAGAGCGUGUGUGCGGUCAAUCGUCACCAAGAAUUUUCGCCGGAAGAAAACAACGAGUCGGGCAGCUUCAUCUCCCUCCCGAAACAUGGUGGGUCCUUUGAUCGCGGAAUCACUCGAAGAACCUCGACCGGACGUGACGUUCCUCCCGGAAGUCUACGUGAAGGCCAACGACCUACAGCGAACGCUGAACAUCUGGACGCUGGAACGCUUGGGAACGUCCUUCAAGAGCAGGCCCAACGCGGGCCAGCAGUUCAUGGACGUGGGAUGUGGUAGUGGCGACUUCACUCGCCAACAACUCCUGCCACGCUGCCAGCCCUGCAGGAGGAUCGUGGCAACGGACAUCAGCGAAAGCAUGGUGCGCUAUGCGAGAGAGAACUUUGCCCAUCCACAGAUCGAGUACGAGGUGCAUGACAUCUCGAAAGACGUGUCCGGACUUGUCAGGAAGUACGGCCAGUUCAACCGCGUCUACUCUUUCUGCGCUUUACAUUGGGUGAAGGACCACGUGACCGCUUUCAGAAACAUAUCGAACUUGAUGAGUUCCGAAGGAGAGUGCCUGCUUCUCUUUGUGGCUCGUUGGACGGGCUUCGAGAUGUGGAGGAGGAUCGCCCACAUGGACAGAUGGAAAGCGUAUAGAGAGCACUUCCAGGAGCGGCGGCGGACUUCCAUGAGCGGCGGCGGACUUCCAGGAGCGGCGGCGGACUUCCAUGAGCGGCGGCGGACUUCCAGGAGCGGCGGCGGACUUCCAGGAGCGGCGGCGGACUUCUGGAUCCUUCGAAACGAGAACACCUUGAAGUUGUCCGCGGUAUCAGCCUUCGGCAGUUCCCGCAACUUCGGGAGUGACUGACGCUGACGAAGGCAUUCUGCCUAACCCUGCAGGCUUCAAGCAGGCUCAGAGACCCUAUGAUGCGGCCUGAAGAUCGGCAGCUCCGUGAUCAGCACAGACAGGAAUCGGCUCCUCGUGCAGUCGGCACGACCCAGAACCGCAGCAUCAGGCCAUGACCCCAGGAAGAAAGCCAGGAGUCCACGCAAAACUUGGCCCGCGCAAACCCCGGCAUAGCCGCACCUGAAACAACAAAACCCAACAAACCGAGACAGUACCAGACCAACCACCGUAAUUCGACAAAAUUUAAAAGAAAUAGAAAGUUUAUACGAAACAUCUUGGUACUACUAGUAGUAUGGGAGCUCAUAUGUCACCUCUUCCAAAAC